AUGACUGAUCAUUGCCCCUUAUGUUAUGUAAUGCAAAAGUCUAUUAAGAAUAAUAGGGUGAAUCGAAUCCCCCACUUGAUCCAAGAAUAUAAUAUCGAUAAAGUCGUUCAUAUUCGCUAUCAGUACAAUUGUCUACCUGACUAUCUCUCACGUUAUUCAAAAGAACAAUUUGAUGAUAUAUUCGAUAUUGAAUAUGGCUUAGCUAGUAAAUCUCAUUCAAUCUUAUCAUCAGCAACAUCUAAUAAUGAUACUAAGAACUUAACAUCAGAUUCAUCAGUUUCUCCUACUAAUCCGAAUGUUUUAGCAGUCAUGACUUCAAGACCACGUAAAAAUCGAGUUGAUUAUACCGAAGAACAUAUUUCUGAUGGAAAUGACGUGAAUAAUCAUCAUGAUUAUAUAGGUAUAGCGGAUUCUAGACACAAAAGGAAAACCAAACUAACAUCUAAACUUUCACAAAACUUUUUCGAUACAACUAAGUUACAAGUUGAACAAGAUCGAGAUCCUAAGACACAUAAGAUAAUAAAAAAUAUAUCUACUACAUCGCGUCAACAUUCAUUUUUAUUCGACGAUAAUCUGCUUUACAAAUUACUUAGUUGUCAGAACCGUUCUAAUCGAAUCAUUAAACUGAUCUAUUUGCCAUCAUCAAUGAUAAAUUCUUUAUUAAAAGCAUGCCACGAUGAUCCGGUAACAGGCGCUCACUUUUCUACAGAUCGAAUGUAUUAUAAAAUUCGUUCUCAUUUUUGGUGGCCCAGAAUGAAAGCCACUAUACAGCGUUACGUAAAGUCUUGUAGUUUGUGUACACAAUUUAGUAUAGAUCGUGUUAAAAGAUACAGUCACUUACGUUCUAUUCCACCACCUGUAGGACCAUUCGCUUUAAUAGGCAUUGAUUUUUGUGGACCAUUACCUAGGACUCCUCGUGAGAAUCAAUAUGUGCUUAUUAUUGCGGAUUAUUUUACGAGACAUAUAACAGCAAUAUCAUUUCCUAAUUGCACAGCAGAAACUGCAGCGCGCGCCUUAUUCGAUGAUUUUUUUUGCAAGUUUGGUAUACCAUCAGUUAUCUUAAGCGAUCGUGGAACACAUUUUCAAAAUAAGUUAAUGGAGAAUUUACAAAAUCUCAUAGGAUACAAUCAUAUAUAUAGUACUUCCUACCAUCCCCAAACAAAUGGUAUCGCAGAGCGUUUUAACGCUACUUUUGUAACUCAGAUUUCGAAGUUACAAAAUGCUCAACAUAACAAUUGGGAUGAGUACUUGCAAGCCGUUGUCUUCGCUUAUAAUGCAGGAGUGCACAAGUCCACGAAAUUUUCCCCUUAUGAGCUACUAUACGGUCGCACUGCUCGUCUACCCAUUCAUAUACCACCUAGAGAAUUUACAUUUCUUAAACCUAACGAUUAUUUUGAACAAUUAAAAAAGACGUUACGUAUAUUUCAUCAGACUUCGCGUGAAAAUAUAUUAUUACAACAACAAGCUAAUCAGGCAUAUUACAAUAAAAAUCGUCUUGAUUCACAACUAAAAUUAGAAGAUAAGGUUUGA